CGCGCGACGCGCGCGGACGCCGCGAUGGCGCGCGAGGCGUCGAGACCGAAUCCUCGACUGAUGGACAUCGCGGAGACGUACGCCAAGGCGUGGUUCGCGCGUAAAUCGACCGGGACGAGGGAUGAGCUGGUGGCGGAUUUGACGCACGCGCUGCGCGCGUUCACGCGCGCCGCGGGCGAACGCGCCGAGCGCGCGACGGAGAGCGAGGAAAUACCGCUGCCGGACGCGCGCGACGUGGCGCUGGAGGAUUUCUCUCGGGCGCUGGACGUGGACGCGCUGCGGGCGACGAGGGAGGGAUUGGCGGCGGCGGGCGCGCCGCCGGCGAAGCGCGGCGAACGAUGGACGUUCGCGAAGGCGACGCGACGCCAUGGCGACGAAAGGCGCGAUGGCGAUGGGAGCGGUGGUGAUGAUGCGUUUUACGCGCGCGUGUCGGCGAUGGCGGAGAGACACGCGGAGUCGAUGACGUUGGCGCGAGAGAGGCGCGCGGCGAGCGAAGCGGAGGCGGCGGCUUCGGAGGCGGCGAUCGCAGCGAAACGCGCGGCGCGCGCGGGGAAUCGGUUGCGGCGAUUGAACACGCCGAAGUUGGUCGAACCGACGCGCGAGGAGACGAAGAACGCGCUGAGGAAGGUGUACGAGACGUUGGCGGGUGGGUCGUCGGCGACGACGGUUUGGAAGCCAUCCUUCGGCAAGGCGCGCAAGGCGGUGGAGACGAUCAUGGACGAGCUGUCGGCGAGCGAGCGCGCGACAGUGAUGGCAGAGUACGCGAUGUUGCAUAUGGGAGGUUCGAAGUACCGCGCGAAAUGUUUUGAGGAGGAGGUAGAGAAGGAGGAGGGCGCAGACGUCGUCGACGAGAGAGCCGACGAGGACGCGCCGGCAACGAAGCGCGGCAAGCGAGAGCGCGCACCGAGCGUGAGCGUCGUGCGCGUCGACGACGAACCGGCGGCGCGCGAAGAGAACGCGUCGACGGGAAUUCGUUUCCGGGUCGAGGAUCGUUACGAAUGGGAAGGAAGGUUGCGCGCGCCGAAGGAGGCAUCGAGCCGAGGCGAAGACGCGAUCCCAGGCGUCUCGCGUUUCGUACCUUGGUGGGAAGAAGUAGACGCGUGCGAUACGCGCGCCGUCGGUCGAUGGGGCGAAGCGCUUGUGUAUCAAUACCUACUCGCAUCGUACCCCGCGCGAGAGAAUCAUCUCGUCGAGUGGUUGAACGCGGAAGGCGAGACGAACAGUUUUUACGACAUCAAAGUCACCGACGUUGCCACUGGGCGCGUGACUUUCGUAGAGGUCAAGUCGACGCGUUUCGACGAUAAAAACGCAUUUGAGAUUUCACCUUGGGAAUGGGAUUUUGCGACGAAACCAAGCGUGGAUUAUCAUAUAUAUCGCGUGUAUAACGCCGGAGACAAGAAGCGCGUGCGCGUGUGCGUAGUUCGAGAUCCCGCGACGCUCUGCCGCGAGCACAAGAUUAGCAUGGCGCUCGUCAUCUGAAAACUCACAUGUAUCAUGUACAACAUCAACACCUACGUACCAUUAGUAGCCU